UUUUAACAUCGGAUCCUCUUCCUCCAGGUUUUUAUUAGAGACUUCUUAAUGGGGCGUGCGAGACCGGGGUUUAAACCCCCGACUGACUCCUGUCGCCCUUAGAGGUUUGCCGCUAGUGUAUCUUGCCGAGGCCUUUACACUCACGGUGCGCUCUCAAUCCUCUGGCGUGACGGUGCGGCUAAGUCAGAGGAAAUAUGACAGUUGAUGUCUGAAGAUUCUACGUGAUUACCAUCUUCUUUCCCUGUGCACACCUUCCUUAACAAGCACAACAAUCCAUGCAUUUGCAAAAGGUAUUCCAGGUGGCUACUAAUUGCAUUUCUCUGUCAUUCCUCGCGCAACAAGCUGGCCUAUAUCCCACAACCAUUGAUACUUCCCCAAUUGUUUAAUUCCUUGCCAACUUUGUUGCGAGCCGGCGAGUAUAUAAAUCCCCUCCGCCUUUGCUUUCCAAAGCACCAGGCCAGAGGUAGGCAGAGGUAGGCACCUCGAUUGGCAAGUGCUGGAGAGAUCGCUUUGUUUACGGUUUUCUGGGCGAGGCGAGAUGGAGGGCGAGAAGACGGUGGCCGCCAUGGAGGAGGGGGAGAAGAAGGAGGUGGUCGGCGUUGAUGUGAGCCUCAAGGAGCUGUCCAAGAAGCUCGAUGACUUCGCCAAGGAGAGGGACUGGGAGCAGUACCAUAGCCCAAGGAACCUUCUGCUUGCCAUGAUAGCUGAAGUUGGGGAGCUGUCAGAGCUGUUCAUGUGGAAAGGGGAGGUGCCGAAUGGGCUGCCAGGGUGGGAGCAGGCCGAGAAGGAGCACCUCGGCGAGGAGCUAUCCGACGUGCUACUCUACCUGAUCCGCCUCUCCGACAUGUGCGGCGUCGACCUCGGCGACGCUGCCACCAGGAAGAUCGUGAAGAACGCCGUCAAGUACCCAGCACCGUCAAGAGCAGCUUGACGAGCAGUGCCGGCUGGAUGCGUUUUCUGUACUUCUUUGCUGUUUCGUGAUGACUGGUGCCUGAUUGCUAGAACUAGUGAGGUUAUCAGAGCAUUGAACCUUUGUCAUUGGCUGGAUGUGCUAUGGCUAAUACGGUAAUACCUACAUGAUGCUUGAAGCUUUUCGA